AUGGAAGUCAACAACGCCAGGUCAGAUGAAAACGCUGACGAAUCGCCCGCCGACGCUCAGAAGUCUGAAGACCACAAAAAGCUACUCGAAUAUGGCAUACACGAGUCGGUCGCCGACAGGCUAGACGAAAUCUAUAAAAGCGGUAAAUUAGCACAUUCUGAUUUGGACACUAGAGCAUUGGAUGCAUUAAAAGAAUUUCCUGUUGACGCAGCUUUAGGAGUUCUUUCUCAAUUUCUUGAUAGCAAUUUAUUACAUGUAUCCAAUAAGUCUGCAUAUUUAUGUGGAGUAAUGAAAACUUAUAGACAAAAAACAAGAAUUACCCCUCAAGAGCCUUUUGUACAACCACCCAAAGGGCCAGAAUUUGAUAAAGUCAAGGAAAUAUUAGCUAGAACUAACUAUAAAUUUGAUGUGACUACUGGGCAACGGAAGUAUGGUCCACCACCUGACUGGACUGAUCCUAAGCCAACUGCUGGUUGUGAGGUGUUUUGUGGAAAAUUGCCGAAUACUGUGUUUGAAGAUGAACUGAUUCCACUAUUUGAAAAGUGUGGUAAGAUCUAUGAUUUGAGAUUGAUGAUGGAUCCAUUAUCUGGUACUAAUCGUGGAUAUGCUUUUGUUACUUAUACUACUAAGGAAGAGGCUGAAAGAGCUACUGUAGAACUUGAUGGUUAUGAAAUAAAGCCUGGAAAAAAUAUCAAAGUGAAUAUUAGUGUACCUAAUCUUCGUCUUUUUAUUGGGAACAUUCCUAAAUCAAAGGGGAAAGAAGAUAUUAUGGAAGAAUUUGGCAAAAUAACAAGUGGACUCACAGGAGUCAUAAUCUAUAGUUCUCCUGACGACCGCCGAAAGAAUCGAGGAUUUUGCUUUUUAGAGUAUGAUUCUCAUAAAGCUGCUUCUGUAGCAAAAAGACGCUUAAGCGCUCCAAACUACAAAGUAUGGGGCUGUGAUAUAAUUGUAGAUUGGGCCGAUCCUCAAGAAGAGCCUGAUGAUGAAACUAUGUCAAAAGUUAAAGUGUUGUAUGUUAGGAAUUUAACUCAAGAAGUAACUGAAAAUCGUCUAAAAGAAACGUUUGAAGUUCAUGGUUCGGUAGAAAGAGUGAAAAAAAUUAAAGAUUAUGCUUUUAUUCAUUUCAAUGAUAGAGGUUGUGCUCUCAAGGCUUUGGAAGAGCUAAAUGGUACCAAUUUGGAUGGAGCUACUUUGGAAGUAUCGCUAGCCAAACCUCCAUCUGAUAAAAAGAAAAAAGAAGAAAUUUUAAGAGCUAGAGAACGCCGUAUGUUUACCAAUAUGCAAGGCCGUGCUUUUGGGUUGAUGCCACAACCAUUAUCAUUGAUGGGGGCUCCAAGACCAGGCUAUCGUGCAGUUUCAAAUAAUUUACGUAUGGCUGGUCGAGGUGAAUUUGAUUGGCCAUGGGGAUUUAAUUCGUGGAUGUGGCCUGCAGGCCGCUGGGAUGCUGGGGCUGCCGGCCCUUGGGGAACAGCAUCUGCUGGAAAUAGACAAUGGCAUGGAGUUGCACCAAACAAUCGGUCAUGGGGAAAUGGCAGUGGUGGCCGAAUCGGCGCAGCUGGAAAUAGUAGCGGCGCUUCAAGCCAUGGCAAGUUUACAAGAUAA